AUUUGACACCAUCAUGUGCCUCUGCUUUGACGAGGAUCCGUUCAAUGCCGAAUGAGCUGAGCGUGCACUACAGUGACCACUAUCCUGGAGCGCAGUCACGUCGCAGUCUGUGCUGAGAGUGACUCUGGGGACACCUCCCGGGGGAGCUGCCAUAUAAAACCAGUGGCUAGCUCCUCCCGGACAAAGUGAGGUCCAGCCUCGUGCCAUCAGCACGGAUGCUUCAGCACUUCAGCAUCCUCAGCCUCAGCUCAGCUUUAGCUCAGCGGAAUUAACGCAUCGGAUACGGGACGAAUCUGACCUUUCUCCCUGCUGUCCUCAGUAGCAAAUUGCACACUGCAUAGAAAAUAUAUACUAGAUUCCUGGGAGACCCACAAUGGCAAACAGAGGGCCCAGUUACGGACUGAGUCGAGAGGUGCAGGAGAAGAUUGAGCAGAAGUAUGAUCCUGACCUGGAGCAAAGGUUGGUCGAUUGGAUAAUUGCACAGUGCGGAGGAAACCUGGAGAAACCACAGCCGGGAAAGCAGAACUUCCAGAAAUGGCUGAUGGAUGGAACAAUUCUCUGUAGACUCAUCAACAGCCUUUAUCCAAGGGGGAAGGAACCCAUCAAAAAGAUCCCAGAGUCUCAGAUGGCCUUUAAACAAAUGGAGAAGAUCUCCCAGUUCCUGCAAGCCGCAGAAGCUUAUGGAGUCACAACCACUGACGUCUUUCAAACUGUAGAUCUCUGGGAGGGAAAAGACAUGGCAGCAGUCCAAAGGACCCUAAUGGCUCUGGGGAGUUUGGCUGUCACCAAAGACGACGGUCAAUACAGAGGAGAUAGAGACUGGUUCCACAGGAAAGCCCAGGGGUACCGAAGAGAAUUCACCGACGAGCAGCUACGCCAAGGACAGAGUUUAAUUGGCCUCCAAAUGGGCAGCAACCGUGGGGCUUCCCAGUCUGGUAUGACAGGCUAUGGCAUGCACCGUCAGAUCAUGUAGACCCAUUACUACCCUUGCUGUUCUGCUUCCAGACCUUACUCUCUCCUAACACCACAAAUAUUGUAGCCCCAAAAACCUUCCUAAGCUUCGUAGCACCUGCCACGUUAACCUCAGUUUCCCUGAAAGUGCUGCUUUUUCCAGACAGUGUUUUAUUCACACUUUGAAAAAAAUGAUGUCAGAUGCUGUAGCUCUCCUUCUUUGGACUCUCCUUCCCUUCCUCUCUCCCAGGAUCUCACGUGCUGUUUCCUAACUAUCACUCUUAACUCCAUUUGGUUACUUUUCAGGUCCAGAUGUUUACUUUACAUGGAACUCAGUGUUUCAGCAUCGGUUUAGUCUUGCAAAGUGUUUAAAUAAAAUCUCUAUACAAUGCAAGUCAUCAGAGUUGUACAUAUAUUUACGGAAGUACUGUAAGCCACUGUUAGAGCAUGCCGUAUGCUAUGCAUUUUUAAUUAUCGACACAUUACAUUUCUUUGCUUGUUUUAGGAUGGCUACUGUUACCCUGUAAUUAUUUAGCCUUAAACCUAAUGGAACUUAAUGACUGACGAUGUCUCUGCUAUCUUGUCUGAAGACUUGUUGCAGUAUCCUCUGUAACCAAAUCAACCUCACGUGGUGCCUGGUUAUGGGACUACAAAGACUGGGUCCUGAUAUACUGGCCUCAAAUUAUAAAUGAGAGUCAUUCAUUCUGAGCCAUGCCCUUGUUAUUUGUUUGUUAGAUUACAUAUUGUACUGUGUCUCUUUUGUGCGCAACAAGCAAGUAAAUGUGCAGUAGCCAACAUGUACAACAGUGGACUUUUCAUCUCUGAUGCCAGUUGAUUACACUGCUUGAAUGUGCCCUUUUAUGUGUAUUAUAUUUUUAAAAUAUAUUUAUAUCUGGAAGCCUGUA